AUGAGCAGGGACCGAAUAGCAACGGUGCGAGGCUCCAAAUUGGCCAUGUUGCAACAGUGGAAUGAGGAUGAUGAUGAAGAGGGUGAUGAUAGGGACUUUCUACUGCACUUGGAGCUCGGCAAGGACGAAUUGUUGCUGGACGACUUCCAGACACUUAAACUUUCUGGUGGACAGACCCUAUUCACCCCUCCAGUCGCUGAAGGCAUCCCUCGACCAUCGUUAUCGCCCGGGAUGUUCAUGAAAUACGUGGAAAAAGACGACGAUGAGAUCACAUUCAGUGAUGACGGGGUGCCAGAUCAGCUAAAUAUAGAUAACUUGAAGAAGAACCAGAUCAGACAAACGGCAGGCUCCGAUCACCGCUUUCUGCCUGCCACAACAACGUCUCCAUUGAGAAGAAGAUCAUUAAGUGACUACAGCGAGAAUACCGAGACGGAUAUCACCGAAAUGAAUGACGACGACUUUGAAGAGAUCGAUAACAUUUUUGGAAAGGAGGAAAGUGGAAUCUACAGCAGUGGUGGUGGAAUUGAUACACAGAAACCAGACACCAGCAGGGCGAGCGACCGAUUGGCGAAGAAAAAGCGCCAGCUUCAGAAAGAGGCGGAUUUGGAGGAUCGUGAGCUUUUCCAGAAGUAUCGUAAACAUCACGGCGAGGAGGUCAACACCUUGAAGUUAAAGGAUUUACACAAGUACCAGCUGGAGUCUAACUUAGAGAAAGAUGCAUUGGAGAACGAGAGAACCGUCAACUACGAGUAUACUCGGGAUGAUUUCGAGUCCUUUGAAGAUGGCUUCGAUGCUGAUUUGCCGGCCCAAAUCGAGCCCGAAAGACUUCGACAUUUCCACUCGUCGGGAAACAAAGGUGGCAGAAUCCAACACAAGACAUCGAUGCCUGUUUUCCCCAAUUCUCUCCGUUCAUCUAAGCUGACGAAGUUCAAGUCUACGAUGGACCUUGCCAGUGCGUUCGAGAAGAAGGAACAUCCAGUCUUCAACAACAGUAACAAACUCAUUCGCAAAUUGGACCGAAUGCCAUCAUUCCACAGUCGCAAGGAGCUUAAUGCUGCGAUGGAGUAUCAAGACGAUGAAGAAUUGAAUAACGACAUGGAAAGGAAGAAGAAGGAGCUCCUUGAAAAGUACAUGGAGAUCACCGAAAAGCAGAAGCAGCUUAAGACAAGCCCGAAAAGGUCAAGUGGAUUGCUCAAGAGCGCUGGCGCGAAAAGACACGGCGUGGGGUUGGUUCGCUACCUCAAUGAUAAGUCCGCUGUCCCUGUCGGAAGCACCAAUGGAAACAUGAAGUUCAACGCGAGAACAAAAAGGUGGGAAGGAAAUGAACAUGAACUUUUGAGGUUUGAUGAAGAAGCUCAAGAGCACCCAAGCUCGAGGAAACAACCGUCUUUGAUCACCUUGAAGGAAUUCGACAGACGAGUGGAGACUAUCAAAGGGAACAUGAAAUACGACGCCGAAAACUUGCGGUGGGUGAAUCUUGAUGAGUCAGAUGAAGUCGAGAAUCACAUUUUUGACGAGCUUCCGGACCUCGAACCCAAUGACAUUCCUCGUUACCGGAUGCCAAUUAAAGGAAAGUUAAAUGAUCGUGGAGUGAGCACUUUCACACAAAGAACCAUCCUGAGUGUUUCCAGCGACCGCAGCUCAGCGCUCAGCGCCAGCGCUGGCGAUGAGUUCCAACUUGGACCCAAGCUAAUGGCCAAGUUUCACAAGGAAGAACUGAAAAUCUACAAGAAGACACACCACUGGUUUGGACCCAACGAGUCAUAUAAGGUCGAUCGUGCCAGAACCUUCAACAGCGAGUAUUUCUGGGAAAUACGCAAGAUGGUUAUGGAUGACGAUAACACUAAUUAG